CCUGCUGUAUAUAAGCAUACAGUUGGAACAGUUGGGCACAAGGUGGUAGGCAGAGGAGUACCCACUGUCCAGGGGUGACUCCCCAUCCAGUGCUUUGCCUCCUAUCCAAGGAGGGAAAUUUGGGCAGGGAUGGGAUGCCAGGAGAGAUCAUCCUCUCUAGCUCCGAGCCCCCAGAGUCACUCUAACGGUUGCUCAGGAUGCCCCUCCCUGCCCUGGCCUCACCCCCACCCACUCUGGGGCACCUUGAGCAUAACAGGAAAUUUCAAACAACAGGAAACCCAGGCCAAGCUGUGACUCCACCCUGCCGGGGCCUCUCUCAGUCUGUCCCAGGGGGAGGCCAUGAACAUCAGUACGUGGUCCACGCUGGUGACCCCAGAGUCCUGCCAUCGGCUGGCGGCCAGCGGCCACAGCCUCCUCAUUGUCCUGCAUUACAAUCAUAGCGGCAGGCUGGCUAGCCGCGGGGGCCCUGAGGAAGGUGGCGGGCUAGGGAUGCUGAGGGGGCCGUCUGUGGCAGCGGGCUGCCUGGUGGUGCUGGAGAACGCUAUGGUGCUGGCCGCCAUCGCCAUCCACAUGCGGUCGCGCCGCUGGGUGUACUACUGCCUGCUGAACAUCACACUGAGCGACCUGCUCACCGGCCUGGCCUACGUGGUCAACGUGCUGCUGUCGGGGACUCGUACCUUCCAGCUGUCACCCGUGCACUGGUUCCUGCGGGAGGGCCUGCUCUUCAUGGCCCUGGCCGCGUCCACCUUCAGUCUGCUCUUCACAGCCGGCGAGCGCUUUGCCACCAUGGUGCGGGUGGCUGAGAGCGGGGCCACCAAGACCAGCCGUGUGUAUGGCUGCAUCGGUCUGUGCUGGCUGCUGGCAGCUACCCUGGGCCUGCUGCCCCUGCUGGGCUGGAACUGUGUGUGUGCUUUCCCGCGCUGCUCCAGCCUGCUGCCUCUCUACUCCAAGGGCUAUGUGCUUUUUUGUGUGGUCGUCUUCGCCCUCAUCCUAGUGGCUAUCCUGAGCCUCUAUGGGGCCAUCUUUAGGGUGGUCCGAGCCAACGGGCAGAAGUCCCCACGUCCUCCUGCCCGCCGCAAGUCACGCAGGCUACUCAACACCGUGCUGAUGAUCUUGGUGGCCUUCGUGGUGUGCUGGGGUCCCCUGUUCGGCCUGCUCCUGGCUGACGUCUUUGGUUCUAAUGUCUGGGCCCAGGAGUACCUGCGUGGCAUGGACUGGAUCCUGGCCCUGGCCGUGUUCAACUCAGCCAUCAAUCCUCUCAUCUACUCCUUCCGCAGCCGUGAGGUGCAGCACUCUGUGCUGGCCUUUUUAUGCUGCGGCUGUCUCCGGUUAGGCCUGAGAGGUCCUGGAGACUGCCUGACCCGGAUCACCGAGGCCCACUCCGGUGCAUCCACCACUGACAGCUCUCUGAGGCCCAGGGACAGUUUUCGGACUUCUCGGUCACUCAGCUUCAAGAUGAGAGAGCCGCUGUCCAGCGUUUCCAGCGUCCGCAGCGCCUAGAGCUUGGACCAGCCAGUUGCCCAUUGAGCAGGCCCUCCCAGGCAAGGUGAGAAGGGACAGGACACAAGAUCCUUGCCUGAUGGUGACUGAGAACAUGCCAGAAAGCCCUGGGUUCCUUCCAUGAAACUCCCCGUGAUGAAUGUUUGGCAGAGAGUGGCCAGAUCCAGAUCCAGUGAGUCUAGGCUUUGAUGGGGCCCCCAGGCAGCACAGGGAAUGUGCUAUGUCAGAGGCGACGGACCAGACAGGGCUUUAUGGUUCUGUCUUAGUCACAUGUGUGCGUGUCAAUGCCCAGGCUGCUGUAACGUGUCUCCUGGUCACACCCACUGGUACACAGUGCUUUGGGGAUGUGCUGGGAUGGAGGGUGCACCUGCACCAUUUGUUUGAGGACAAUCUGAUGUGUUGUAAGAACGACAGGGGGCCUGGAGGACACACCAGUCUGUCAUCCACCGCUCUUCUCAGUGACUUCCACAUUGGGACAAGCAGCCUGCCCCCCAUGGCCUCUCUCCUCCACUUCAGGUUCUCUGUCUCUGUGUGGGGUGGAUAGACCCACCCACCCCAGGUCUGGGGCAAUCUCAACUGGCCCUGUAACCCCACAGCCUCACCCUUCCUGUUCUGAAUCACGGAGAUAUGCUGUGACAGGGAGCUGUGGACCCUACUGUGUGAUAGUGCAGCUGGGAGCCAUGCAUGGCUGCAUAAAAUUCAUUAAAAUGAACGAAAUCUCCACA